UUUUGUGAGAAACCGCGGACGGAGGAAGGUAGACCCAGCCGCCACCAUGUCGUCGGUCCAGCCCCCAAAUGCCUUCCGCGCCAACUCUCCGCUCCAAUACCGCGUUCCUGGAAGCCAUUCUGAGGUUUAAAAUUACGACUUCGAGAGGGCGUAAGCCCCGAGGGCAGUUUAAAGCAGUGUCUGUGUUAGGAAGCGUAGUCUCCGCCAUUUUGGAGGGAAAGCUGCCAGUCAGAGCGAGUGGAGAGAUAAAGAAGCCGGCCGCUGAGAGACGGGACAUCUGUUUUCCUGUUUUUGUUUGGUGUGGGGGAGUCGUCGCCUGCGGAAGGACCUCCCCCCUCCCCCAUGAGUGACCGCGCGCCGCGCCGGUGAACUCGCAGCGCGCAACAGCGGAAGUGAGCUUGUUUUGGGAAAGCGAGAGAAAUCCAGACUUCAGACGGUUUUUGGACCAUGGUUCCUGUAUUCUCAUCUUGCUCGAACUCAAAAUGAAAAUAAUCCUGAGCAAUACCUCAAGGUUUGCUGUACGAUUCAUUCUGCCGGGUUUCCCUGGUUUCUUUAAAUCUUAAUCCUGUGCCAGUCUGUGCCCUAUGGUAUUUGAUAAAGAGUACUUGAGCUAAGUGACAUGAAGAUGGAAGCAGCAGAGAAGGCAGACUUGUCAUCCCAGGAUGGUAUUGAGGAAGCUGAUGCUUCAACGAAAGGUAUUGAGACAAAAGUUAGUGACACCAAUAAAGAAGAUGAUGGGUCAUUUCAGAAAAAGACCUCAUCUGCCAAAUUGAGAAAAGACGAUCAUAACUGUCCACCAAAACUAAGUGGACUGUCUACUGAACCUUGUUUGUUGAUGGAACUUGGGCAAGACUCUUCUGAAUCCCAGCUUCCAUCUGCAGAUGGUGAUAAACAAACAACUGGCGGAACCUAUGAUAGCGACUCUUCAAAUCAGUGCAUGGUUUCUCCUUCGUCCAGUGGUCAUUUGGCAGACUCUGACACACUUUCAUCUGUCGAGGAGAAUGAGGCACCUCAGGCAAAUGCGGCUGCGGACGAAGAUCCUUCGGCUGGAUCUGGUCCCGCGAUCGGCAGAAAGUCACGACGAUCCAGGUCUGAGAGUGAAACGUCAACCAUGGCUCCUAAGAAGAAUCGCUCAUCAAAUGACAAACAAAAUGGCCGUGUGUCAAAGAUUAGAACCCAGAAACAAAAGGAACGGAUACGAUUACUACGGCAGAAACGUGAAGCGGCAGCCAGGAAAAAGUACACGUUGCUGCAGGACAGCAGUACGAGUGAUAGUGACUUGACGUGUGACUCCAGCACAAGUUCAUCAGAGGAUGAGGUCUCAGGAAAUGGCAAGAGGACGAUUAGUGCAGAGAUUCCAGGUAUUUAAGAAACUUCUUUGCAACAAUGAUUUAAAAAUUCAGGAAAGAUUGAAGUUAACUUCUUCUUGCUUUUAGGUGGUUGCUUUC